AUGGACGUGGGCGCUGAUGAGUUUGAGCAGAGCCUCCCACUCCUGCAGGAGCUUGUCGCGGGUGCGGAUUUCGUGGGUCUGGACAUAGAGUUCACAGGUCUGCGUUCAAACUUGUCCCGGCCCCAACAGAUCAGCCUUUUUGAUUUGCCCUCUGAGUGGUAUCUGAAGACCCGACAGAGUGUUCAGCAGUUUACAAUCUGUCAGAUUGGACUGUCUGUGUUUUCCAGCAUUGAAGGAGAGUCCAACAAGUAUGUAGCUCACUCCUGCAACUUCUUUCUCUUCCCCACAACGUUUGGGAUCUUGGACUCAGAAUUCUCUUUCCAGGCGUCUAGUGUUCAGUUUUUGAACCAGUAUGGCUUCGACUACAACAAGUUCCUCAAGAACGGAAUCCCAUAUAUGAAUGAAGAACAGGAGAAGAAAAUUAAGCACAGUAUCCUGAGAGGAAACUGGAGAGUCCGAAGCUCUCUGGAUAAAGACCAAAUUAAGGUGGUGAUCGAUAAGGUGACUCAGUGGCUGGACCUGGCCGAGGAAGGUGACCAGAUGACUCUACCUGGCAUCUCUGGGUUCCAAGCCUUUGAGGUCCAGUUGGUGCUGAGGCAGGCCCUCCCCAAUAUCUGGACAGUGCUAAAAGAGGAGGGGGUGAUUGUGAAGAAGGUGAGCCCACCACAUCGCUGGUACCUUGAGCAUGCCUCUUGUGACCAAGUCAGCUGUUGGAAGGAGCAGAUUCUUCUUUCCGCAAGAGGCUUUUCUGUUUUUUUUCAGAUGUUGGUGAAAGCUCAGAAGCCCUUGGUAGGACACAACAUGAUGAUGGACCUCCUGCACCUUCAUGAGAAGUUCUUCCGACCUCUUCCAGAAAGCUACGAUCAGUUUAAGCAGAACAUCCACAGCCUGUUCCCUGUCCUCAUUGAUACCAAGAAUGUGACAAAGGACAUCUGGAAGGAGCUGCGCUUCCCGAGAGUCUCCAACCUGUCAGAAGUGUAUGACGUGCUGAGCAGUAACUUAAAUCCAACUAAGAGUUCUGGACCAGUGAUUAUUCAUGCAAAACAGUGUAAAAAAUAUGCUGAGACCAAGUGCCCCCACGAAGCAGCGUAUGAUGCCUUCCUCUGUGGCUCAGUUCUUUUGAAAGUGGCACACUUGCUCCUGCAGAGGGUACACGGCAAUAAUGGUCCUGUGUGCGAGCCCGCCUUCCCCCAAUACCUCGACGUGCUGGCGCCUUACGUGAACCAAGUGAAUCUUAUCCGAGCUGGGGUCCCAAAGAUCAACUUUGCUGGUCCAGAUUACCCCAGUAUCCGCCCUCCUGUACUUAUCCUCACUGUCAGGCGGUGGCCUGGGGUGAGCGAGCACCAGGUCUACCGUGAGUUCCAGAAUCUCUGCAAGUUUGAUGUCAGGCGGUUCACGCAAAGCCAGUUCCUGCUCCUGACCAAUAAGUUUAAGGACGCUCGCAGUGUCCUGAAGGAGUACAGGAGCCACCCAACCCUGCAGGUCUCCCUGUACCGGUACUGGAGACACUCCCCCAACAUCACCUGCCUCUUACAAGUCUGCAGCAUAGUUACCUCCUGGGCCGUCAUUGCAUUUCUCCUGGGAAGAUCCAGCCACUGAGUGCCCUGAGCUCAGCUCCCCAGCUUCCUGAGAUAGCCCUCAUGGCUCGUUUGUAUAAACCAGUUUGUUUCCGGCAGACCCAUAUGGUCCUCUGUAGAUAUUUUGUUCUGUUGUGAAGGUAAAUAUGACUGAUGAUAAAGAAACCCUUGUAUUUGGGACCGUGGUACAUGCCCAAUGCAUUCCUACCUGUCAAGAGAAGUUCUGUCCUCUGGGCUUGGAGCCACUGCUCUAGGAUGCCCAGAAUUUUGGUGGGUAUGUGUGCAUGAAGGGGCUGUUUGGACAAGGAGCUGGCAAAGAUGGGGAAUGGCUUGCUGUGGCUGCAGUAAAGGCCGUGUGAGCACCGCAGUGCAAGUGUCUGGCCAACACGGGGAUGCAAAGAACAAUGUGACCUCCAGGGCUCCAGGCUCCUGGGAAGAACAGGAGAGAGCAAACCCUGAACGGGACAGCGUGAAGAGGAAUCGCAGACGGUCAUGCCAUGAAGGAAAAGCACGAGGCGCUGCCACAGAACAGUGUAAUGUGAGUCACCAGGUCGUGUCCGCGCCGGGGACCCCCAGGGCUCCACUCCUGCUGGUUCUGCCCCAGCCGAGCAGUGCAGGCGGCGUGUGAAAUUCACAAGUUACACGGUCGGAGCAGGCAGCGCGCUACUUUGAUGGUACUGCUCAAAGACUGGACGUGGCCAUCUCUCCAGAGACCUCAGUUUUCCAGAUGAAGAGAGGAACGAUACCGUUUUCUCUCCAGACCUGACGAGACCGAUGACCCAAGCUCCUUUUCUCUAAGCUGCGGGGUGGAGCUAACGUGGUCUCUCCCACCCCAGAUUCUCAGUGACUUGGGGCUUGAAUGUCAUCUCUCUAAGGAGUCUCAUCCUUUUCUUUGCCCACUCCCUUCUCUCCUGAAGCAACCUCAGCUCUCUGGUGGCUCGUGUUGCUGCCUGCAAACAGCUGGGCCUGUCUGCACUCCCUGGCUUGUAUUGAGCCCUUUCUCAUCUAGUCCCCAUGGCCACACAUUGACAACUUUUACUGACAUCAUACAUGGGCUGUAGUUGGGAAGGCACCUUCGUUCCACCAGGGCUGACAUGGUCCCCUGGGGAUGGGCCGGUUUUGAGUACACUUCCCUGUACCCACACUUCAUUCUCCCAUGAUAGUGGCCACUUUCCUCAGGUGAUGCGCCCACUGCUAUCAGCAGGGUCCAGACGCAGGAGCUGCCUGGUGUCACCCCCUUUGACUUGACCCUGUUGCUUCGAGGCGGCGUCCACAGAGCCUCCUUACUGCAGUCCACCUUCUUAGCUUCCCUCUGCUCCUCUGAGGUGCCCAAGUGAAAUCCUUUGGUACCAGGGACUUGGGUGGCUUCACAUCUCAUUAGGUGUUUUUGUUUGUUUGUUUUGGAGGUACCCAGUGUACCUCUCUACGUAGACCAGUUUGGCCUCAAACACAGAGACCUACCUGCCUCUGCUUCCUGGGUGCUGAACUAAAGGCCAAUUGACUUUUUCUCUUGUCUGUAGGACCAAAUCCUGUCAGCUUCCCAUAUGUGGCUUCUGUUUCCUUGACGGCCAUGAUGCCUGGGUGGCAGAACUCAGCCUAACCUCAGGUGCCAGCCCACCCUCAUAUGGCUUUCCUGUCUCUGGAUUCGGGGAGGUUUUCUGUAGCUUGCUGCCCACGUGGGCAUGUGGGCUGCCAGUCCUGGCAUCCCACUAGCUUGGACGCUUAUCUCUGGAUGGAAAAUUACUGUUUUAUCAGCAUGUGUUCCCCCCCCCCAUCUCUCCAUAACUUCACUCAAACUCUUCAGAAUGUAAGAGGUCUGCCAUAAACAGGCCAUGCUAAGGUUUUAAAACUGUGAAAAAAAUAAACCAAAUAAAGCCUC